UGUUCAGGUCAGGCGGAACCAAAACAAACUGUAGAGGUAUACUUGUUUUGUGAUAGUUACGGAAUUAUUGACGGCAUAUGUCUGUAGAAUAACCUGUUCAAACCUGCCGACUGUCAGCAUGGUUUCCACGGUCGAGAACACCGAUGUGAGACAGAAGGAUGCUGACCACGCGGUGGUGUUGGCAGUAACAUCUCAUGCGGUCUUUGAAUCAGGACCUAAGGGUGGUGAUGAUGGUUUCUAUGGAAGAAGUGUGGCUUUUCCACUCCUUCAGGCACUGCAGGAAGUGAACAAACGUCUGCUGGAGGAAAAUCCCGCAGAGUCUCUGCUGUUUGACGUCGUUCUCAUCACCACCGAGUCCCAACAGCAGCAGCAGAGUUCCUGCAUCAUCAGCAGCACUCGGCAUCACGGUCUUGAAGUGAGCAGGUUUUGUUUUUCCAGCGAGGAGGAUUUCAUCGAGAAUCUCCAGAAAAAUAACGUGCAGCUCUUUCUGUCGACGAAUCGAAGCGAAGUGUUGCAGGCGAGGCAGAAAGGUGUUCUCUCUGCACUGCUGGAUGAAAACUCAGCUUCCUCUCCAACAGACCAGCUCAGAGUUUUGUUCUGUGGGGAUGCCGUCAGUCGGCCUGAUGUCGGCCCAACAUCGGCAAGCGGACAAGCUGCUCAGACUUUUUUGGCUCAACUAGGAAAGAUCCGUCAGAAGUUUCGUAUGUUUGACAGCCCCGUCUGCAUCACACUGGUCACGUCCCACGGCGGAAGAGAAAGCUGCGGUGAUGCCUUGAAGGCCUUGCGGUCUCUUGGCGUGGGCGUGGAUGAGGCGUACUGCUUGGCUGGGGCCCCCUGUGGCCCCAUCCUGUCCCUGCUCCGACAUCACUUCCUGCUCAGCGACCGCUUCAGCAGCCUGAAAGACUAAUGUCGUUACAGUCGACUCCUCCAGAAGAAACGUUACUGUCUGGAAAACAAGCUGCCAAAUCCUCCGACGGAACCUUAUGUUUAGCACCAGUUUUAGAUAAUAGGAUUAUUUCAUUCAGCCCUAAAACGACGGUGACCAUCAUUCUCCAACAACACAAAGAAAAUCCAGAUGAGGAUUGUUCAUCUAAAGGAGUGUUUUGUGUCUAGCUUCAUGUCACAUAGUAUUUGUGAGGAAUGUGUAGGUAACGCAAGUCAUGAUCUUUUCUCCAAACCAGGUGUUCAUGAAACGGAUGAAUUAAUUAACCAUUUUCUGAAACCUAGUCAUGUUAUUUUGAUGUAUAAGGGGCUUUCACAUGGGGAACGUAGGGAGGAAAGGUGUACAGAUGCAAGUCCCAUGUAAGGCUGCUGACAGGCGACUGGAAAGCUAACCAGGAAGUAACUAGUUUUCUAGCUGACUUUAGCUGAUUUCCUAAAAUGGACAAAAUGUUGAAAUGUUAUUCUCAUUAGCACAAUAGCAUCACCUGUAACAGUGUUCUCUCUUUCCACACUGUAAACCUCAUCUUGACCAGAGCUCCGUGUUCGGGGGCAGCAUAUUAUUCAUGCAGUACUGAAGAUCUUUACACACACUAGGAAGCAGCAAUCUUAACAUGUAGCAUGCCAAAAUGACGGGGAGAAAACUCAGCUAAAGGGCUCUGCCAAACAUCGGCACGUAAAUGAAUCACUAUUCAAAUCUCAAGCAGUUGUGACAAACACGUGAGAACAGCACUGCCCACUUUCGAGCUUCUGCUAAUUUCUCCACUUCAAGCAAACCACAGAAACAUGAAAGCAGACUCUGCUGCUCCAAAUAUGUUCAGUGUUUUUGUUCUUUCAAAGUUUAGAGUCUUUUUAUCAGACAUGUAACCUGGUACACAUACCUAACAUGUUUCCACAGUAAUCCUUCCUUCUUCAUCGUGCCACUAGAUGGAGAGAACAUAAUUAUCAGCUGAUCACGCUGGACAGGUCGACCACGCCCGUGGAAGUCUGGUUUAAAA